UUGUGUAUUAAAAAUAAGGGAAUCUUGAGCCAAAAAUAUAAUUCUAAAAAAUAGAAAUAUUUGAGGGAGCAGAGACUGUUUGGUACACUGGUUUUACAUGUUCUGCCGUUUUCCUAGAUGUUGUUUUUCAAGUUGGACAUUUCCCAAAGUUGGACAUUAGUAUGUGUCUGAGAAGCUAACAGCUUUCAGCCUGGCCUGGAAGCCCCAGAAUUAAGGAACCCUCAGAUCCUGGUGGUAAAGGCUCUGCCUGGCGGUAAAGGCUCUGCCUGGCGGUAAAGGCUCUGCAUAUCAUUUUCAGCUUUCUUUGAUGAACCAAUACAAAGAAAAUGACCAAUCUUCAGCAGUUUUACCAAUUUAUGCCCCCCAGGAAUGAAACUCUCUGGGAAAUUGCAAAAGCUGAAGUAGAAAAACGGGAGAGUAAUGGAAGUGAAGGUGAUGGAGUUGAAACUGGAGAAAAAUCUGUUUUCUUCAUUGGCAGUAAAAAUGCGGGAAAGACUACUAUUAUUCUAAGGUGUCUUGACAGGGAUGAGUCACCAAAACCAACCUUAGCUUUGGAAUAUACAUAUGGAAGAAAAGCGAAAGGGCAUAACACACCAAAAGAUAUUGCUCACUUUUGGGAACUAGGUGGAGGGACCUCUUUAUUGGACUUAAUCAGCAUACCGAUCACAAGUGACACCUUAAGGACAUUUUCUAUUGUUCUUAUUUUGGAUCUUUCCAAACCUAAUGACCUUUGGCCCACCAUGGAAAACCUGUUACAAGCCACAAAAAGCCAUGUAGAUAAAGUGAUAAUGAAACUGGGAAAGACAGAUUCUAAAGCAGCUUCUGCACUGAGACAGAAGAUACGGAGUAACAUGCAGAAGGACCAUCCAGAUCGCGAAUUAAUUGACCCAUUUCCAGUACCUCUGGUCAUAAUUGGAAGUAAAUACGAUAUUUUUCAGGAUUUUGACUCUGAGAAGAGAAAGGUAAUAUGCAAGACACUUCGAUUUGUUGCACAUUACUAUGGAGCAUCGUUAAUGUUUACCAGUAAAUCAGAAGCUCUUUUACUAAAAAUACGUGGAGUUAUCAACCAGCUGGCAUUUGGCAUUGGCAAAAGCAAAUCAAUAUGUGUGGAUCAGAAUAAGCCACUGUUUAUCACGGCAGGAUUGGAUUCUUUAAGUCAUAUAGGAUCACCUCCUGUUCCUGAUAAUGACAUUGGAAAGUUUAAUGCCCGUUCACCAAUGGAACUGUGGAAAAAAGUGUAUGAGAAGCUCUUCCCACCAAAGAGUGUCAACACACUGAAAGAUAUCAAGGACCCUGCAAAAGACCCUCAGUAUGCUGAAAGUGAAGUUGAUGAAAUGAGAAUUCAGAAGGAUCAGGAACUGGAACAGUACAAAAGAAGUUCUUCCAAGUCUUGGAAACAGAUUGAGCUGGAUUCUUGAAACUAACUCAACUACAGUGUAUUUAUUUUUUUCCCCAAAUACAAGUAAGAUUAUUUUAUUAAUAUUAGCUAAUUAAUAAAUUAGUUAUUGUGUAGUUAAUAAAGAAUAUUAACAAUAGCUAAUUAAUAAACUAGCUGUUGUAAUAAGUGAAGAAAGUUAAGACGUGUAGUUUGGUAAAGGAAAAGUGAGUUUCUUGUAUUAGUGCCACCCAAGGGUACUUGUGUUUUAAAAGGGGGAAAAAAUGUAUAACUGUGUAAUAUUUUUUUAAAAAUAAAAAUCUACUACUACCUACCUCUAA